CCCAAACGAGGAGGGAGAGUGAAGACGAAGAGGGGAGGGCGAAGAAAGCUGGAGAUCACUGGAGCAGGAUGGGGUAGGGGCGUGGGGGGGUAAAGAGGAGGCCCCACAGGCGGCUGUUUGCAAAAUAUUGGCCACCAUUGAAGUUGGACUGUCAUCUUAUUAGGUCAUAACAUGCUCUCUAAAAUAAAGUUUUAGGGAUAUGAAACAAUGUCCGUAAGCGCAGAGUCAAAUGAGGAACCGACACAUUUUCAUGCCAUUGCUGACUCCAACUCAACAAUUUAAGACAGUCCAACUUGCAUUUUUAGAGCGUAAACCACUUAUUCAGCAAAAAUUAAAUCAUAAAUAAAUAAAUAAACAAACAAAUAAAUAAAUAAGUAUGAUAUAAUAAUAUACUCUGAGUGGUGAGAUGCUUUUUUUGUGCAUGAAAAAAAAAAGAAAAAAUGGAUUAACAAUGUCGUACUCUGAAUAAUCUUAAAUUAAAAUUUUACUAUACUUUGAAGGUGAAGGGAGAGCAAUAGCAAUGUGCGACCAUCAGCAAACCAAGGGUAAAGGUUAUCCUUUUUUGGUAAUUGGUUAUGCGGUGCAUAAAUUAGUCAAUUGAAACUGUUCUCAAUCUGCAACGCCAGAAUUAUUUGAUUUGAUUAUCUCCGUAUUUCUUUUAUUUUGGUUACUUUUGGUCCGUGCGUAAAAGUCGCUCCAUGCACCUUUACGCACAAGCCUCGCUUCCCAAGCAAGCGCAUGCACUUGCUCUAAGGUCAUUGAAAACUAGAACAAUAAAACCUCCGGCAAGAAUGCAUGUGGACAUACUUUGUCCACGGAAGAGUGGGGAAGAGUCAUUGAUGGAUGUGGGACGAAGGAGAGGGAAGGGGGCGGGGCCAUUGGCACUGUACGACGGAGGCAGCAGAAGCAGCAGCAGGCAGGCGGCACCUCACAGACAAUACACCCCUCCUCAAUCGCAUGCACCCCCAACCAGCCACCUCCACCAGAGCGACAACUUCACUUUGUCAUCUCAACCUCUUCAGGGGAGUCAUGAAGUUCCGAGUGAUCCGUUCAAAUGUGGCUGGACGAUUUCAAAACCAACUGGAUGUAUUGGCCUGCAGGUGCGAAUUCUCUAAAGUGGGCCAGCUCUUUAUAUCACCACGCACGUUAAAAGUUCGAUGCGGAAUUGAACAAAAACAGAAACAGAAUAGACGCUGAGACCCCCCCCCCCCCUCCUGAACACGACUCGCAUAGUGACACCAAUUCAUCUAAUCUCCUUCCAUUCCCUAAGCCGCAGCAAUGAAAAGUGCAUUAGCAUUCUGCUUUGGCGUGUAUAUCUAAGUGGCUUAAAAAGUGAUUUGAAGUUGAUUUGUAUAUAAAAGGCUCCCCCUUGAUCCGGAUUGAAGCUAAUCUGCUCGGUGUCGCAUGACUGCUUCAGGAAGCCCCGUUUGGGCACCGAGCUUCGCGCGAUUCCAAAUGUCGUCAAAGCCGCUUUACAAAAGCCCAUUUCCUUUUUACUGUCAUCACAAAGAUUAUUCUUCCACCUCUCUAAUAUGGAAGUAUAUGCAAAUUGGCAGAUAAGCGCGGCGGGCGCGCGCACGCACUGUGAUGCACUUUGGGGACAUUGAGAUGACUGAAGAAAUGGGCUCACACCGAGGGAGGUCUGCGGGCCAGAUGUUGAAAUUCGGUAGAAAAAGUCCGAGCAGGACGCGCACUCAUUUUGCCGCACGCCGCGCGCGUCAAAUCAUGCCCAACCGAAUCACACAUGCAAGCAAGGCGUGGUUGCGUAAACCCGCGGUCCAAAACGAGAGCGAGCUUUCAGAGAGGAGGAGAUAGAGAGUUGGCGAAAGGCAGUCGCCCCCACAAUGACUGUCUGCACCGUGACGGACGCCACCUUCUGCCUGCGCGGAACAACACACGGAGAAAAAAAAAAUUCCAGUGCGGAUUGGAUCUUGAGAUUCCACAAAUGCGCAACGCCACGGAUUGCCCCACCAUCACCCCCCCUCUCUCAUCUGUCUUUUCUGCACAGUUGUGUUUCCUUAUUCAUUGUGCGCCCCUAUGAAGAGCAUUAACCAUCCCUCCCUCCAAUCCUAUUGAAAAGACUCCGAGGAAGAGUGAGGGGGGGGGGGGGAAAACACAGAGGGAGACGUGAGCAGCAAAUCCCUUUUUUAUUCCCCCCUCGUAGCACUCAAUAAGAGAAGAAUGUGUUGCCUAUCUGCUGUCACCGCCGAAGGGAUCAAGUCGGCGGGACCGUCCCACGCGCUCCAUGCACCGCGCAGAGCAUCACUCGGAGGGACACAGUGAGGAGGAGCGCAUGCACGCACGCAGCUUCCUCGCAUGCGUGCACGACUCUUUGACUUCAAGCCUGCGAUCUGUCUCACGUCGACAGCAGUCCCGCGCUCAAUUAACUCCGACUGGUGAGCGAGAGCGCGAUGCGGAGUUUGGCGCUUCUGCUGGGAGUCAAAGCCGCCUGCAUCCUGCUGGUGUCGUCGCUCUCCGGUACCGGGGCGGUCAACAACAGCGGCCGCUGGUGGGGCAUCGUCAACGUGGCCUCCUCGUCCAACCUUCUGACCAACUCCAAGAAUGUGCCGUUGGCGCUGGACCCGAGCCUGGCCCUACUGAGUCGCCGGCAGCGUCGACUGAUUCGGCAGAAUCCUGGCAUCUUGCACGCCAUCACGGCAGGACUGCACACGGCCUUGAAGGAAUGCAAGUGGCAGUUCCGUAACCGCCGCUGGAACUGCCCGACCACCCACAGCCCGGCCAUAUUUGGCAAAAUUGUCAAUCGGGGCUGCAGAGAGACGGCCUUCGUGUUCGCCAUCACCAGCGCGGGGGUAACGCACGCCGUGGCCCGCUCGUGUUCGGAAGGGGCCAUCGAAUCGUGCACGUGCGACUACCGGCGCAGAGGCCCCGGGGGCCCCGACUGGCACUGGGGCGGCUGCAGCGACAACGUGGAUUUUGGCAGGAUGUUCAGUCGGGAAUUUGCCGACUCCAGCGAGAGAGGGCGAGAUCUGCGCUACCUCACCAACCUGCACAAUAACGAGGCCGGCAGAAUGACGGUGUCGUCGGAGAUGCGUCAGGAGUGCAAGUGUCACGGCAUGUCGGGCUCGUGCGCGGUGCGUACCUGUUGGAUGCGCCUCCCGAGCUUCCGCGCCGUGGGCGACGUCCUCAAGGAGCGUUUCGACGGCGCUUCCCGAGUGGUGUACGCCAACAAGGGCAGCAACCGCGCCUCCCACCGAGCGGGCCCUCGCCACCUGCAACCGGAAAACCCGGCUCACAAACCCCCCUCCGUCGUGGACUUGGUUUAUUUUGAGAAAUCGCCAAACUUUUGCUCCUACAACGGCAAAAGCGGCACUUUGGGAACUUGGGGUCGAACUUGCAACAACUCUUCUCCGGGUCUGGACGGAUGCGAGCUGCUCUGCUGCGGACGCGGCUUCCAGACUCGGGCCGAGAGCGUCACCGAGCGCUGCCAUUGCACCUUCCACUGGUGCUGUCACGUCAGCUGCCUGAACUGCACCAGUACUCGAACAGUACACCAGUGUCUAUGAUAACCUGGCGGCGGCGGCGGGGGCGUUCCGGGCCCAAGAGAAGCAAAAGUCGCUAACAGAGAAAGUCACAAGUACUGCACAUGGGCAAUUGCGAGAGUGAACCAGACCGGGAACUUUAUCAAGCCCAAAUUCCAAUCAGUGGAUAUAAGCACAAACGUAUCAACAGGGUAUAAAAGUUCACGCUUGCUUAUAUUUAAUGCUCAAAAGAAAACUUGAUAGCUUGUACUCAUAAAGAAGAAGAGACUUCAUUCUCUUGCAGAUCUUCCAAUUCUUCGACAGCAAUCCAUUGGUUACGGCCCAAUAGCAAAAAAAAAAAAAAAAAAUCCUCCAGCACAUUUUGAUUUCUCAUGGAGACACUUCUCAAGCCUGCUCCAAAAGCUAAAGCUAACUGGCACAGGUAAGUUGGGGAGGCUCCGCCAGCACCAGUGGCAUCUUCUCAGCAUGUUUCCAAAUAGCGGACCAGACCUGUUUCAAACCACAGAGACUUAAUCAGCUAAGAGGACCAAAAUGUUGUACAGAUCCAAAUAUUUAUAUAACAACGUCAUUGCUGGAUGAGCCGUCGAAUGUCUUUGUUUCGUAGGAUGAUUUCCUGGAAUGACCACUUGGUGUGUUUUGCCAUGCACUGAAUACACACUUGCAAAAGUCAGUGUGAAUCAAAAAAUAUUUCAUACUACGCUAGUAAGAUGCCAGCGAGCUCUUUAGGGAAGACGAGUGAUGUAGGCGCCAUUGUAUGA